UGUUUUUUUUAUCCGAAUUAAAAACUCGGAAAUACAACGAGACUCGGUUUCAUGACGCGAAAAGAUUCGUUGACAGCUCCGAAAGUACUACGUGAACCAACAUCGAAAGUUGCCGCCAAUUUAUAGUACGUAAACAAGCUUUUCAAUUACAAUUGUUACAAUUUUCAACGCGCUGUUUGGUCUCUCAAUUAAGUUUUUACUGAAUCUUGAGUUAUAUAUUAACGCCAUAAAAUAAUAAAAAAAAGUGAUAAAACCAUUUUUGAUGCGGAGAUCGACCGGCAUAAAACGUUGUCUAUAUAUUCGUUUGGUUAAGCUCUGCGAAUCGCGCACAACGUGACAUAUUUCUAGGUUAACUUUUCAAAACGAAAAAUUGUACAUUUUGGAGUAAAAUGAGUUUGUGGGUCGACAAAUAUCGGCCAACAAGCCUGAGCAAGCUCGAUUAUCAUCUCGAACAGGCAAAAGAUUUAAAAAAUAUGGUUCAGAAAGGAGAUUUUCCACAUCUGCUGGUACACGGUCCACCAGGCGCUGGGAAGAAAACCAGAAUAAUGAGUAUCAUUAGAGAACUUUACGGCAGCGGAGUGGAGAGACUCCGAAUGGAAAAUAUGCAAUUCGAGACACCAUCUAAAAAAAAACUGCAGAUCAUGACGAUUAGCAGCAACUUUCAUAUCGAAAUUAAUCCCAGUGACGUUGGAAUUUAUGACAGAGUCGUCAUUAUGGAUUUAAUAAAAACUACCGCUCAAACUUAUCAGAUAGAUCCCAGUGGUCAGCGGGACUUUAAAGUGGUAAUUCUAACGAACGUGGAUCAAUUAACGAGGGACGCUCAGCACGCGCUUCGCCGUACAAUGGAAAAGUAUGUGACGUCGUGUCGUUUAAUUUUGUGUGCUAACACAACUUCUCGCGUUUCACCAGCGAUAAGAUCGCGUUGUCUUGGGGUUCGAAUCGCCGCGCCGACCUUCGUAGAAAUUGAAAGUAUAUUGCGCCAUAUAUGCAAACGAGAGGGCCUCAAUUUGCCGGACGAAUUGGCUACGAGGCUGUCGCGAACCAGUGGAAGAAAUCUCAGAAGAGCUAUUUUGAUGCUCGAGGCGUGUAAAGUCGAACAGUAUCCUUUCACAGCUGAGCAAGAAAUCACAGAGCCAGAUUGGCAAGUAUACAUAAGAAAAACGGCCUCGAUAAUGGUAGCGGAGCAAACUCCGAAAAAAAUUCUCGAGGUUCGAAACAGGCUUUACGAGUUGUUGACACACGCGAUACCCUGUGACGUAAUAUUUCGGGGCUUGGUACAAGAGUUGGCGAAAAAUUGUGAUCUUGAAAUGAAGGGUGAAAUUGCGGAGAUGGCGGCGGAAUACGAGCACCGUAUGCAUCGGGGCUCUAAAGUAAUAUUUCAUCUGGAAGCUUUCGUCGCUCGUUUUAUGGCUUUGUACAAGGAAUACAUGGCGUCAGCGGUCGGCGAUGAAUUUUGAAGAUUUUUUCGUUCUUCGCACCGUGCAAGGUCAUCGUUUUUUUUUUAUUUAUGAGGGAUAAUAUUUAUUCUGUAUGCGAUGGCAAUAAACAAUUUAUUUGUACACUCA